GUCAAAAAAAUUCAGGGGCAUGCGAUUAACAGAGAAUUUUUCAACAACAUAAAGAUAUUCUAGACAAAGAGAGUUUGUUAUGCUAGAGAGUACUAUCAAAGGAUUAGUGAGUGGAUUGCUGUAGGUUGUGGAUAUGUUGUGGAUUGUUCCUGUGUAGCAAAUGGCAAUGAGGAAAUUCUACAGCAAGAUCAAGGGGCAGAAGGUGAAGGAGGUGCCCGACCAUGUGAAGCCAAUGGUUUCCACCAACUAUUUGAAGAAUGAAUUUCAGAGAUGGCUGGACAACUACCAUGCGAAGUACAUUCAAACCAACUCCAUUGAUUCGCCCUACCAUGUCUGCUUUGGUGGAAUGGCCUUCUCGUACCUGGUUGCACUCCCUGAGGAACGCUGCCACCUUAUGCACCAGGAGCAUGCCAAGGAGCAUGGAGGCACUAAUGAUCAAUUUAUUGCAGUCCUUUUGCUAGGGGUGUAGGUAAAAGCUGGUUGUUGGUUCAAGUACACAUGUCUUGGUAUCAAUUAGCAUUGAGGAUGAUCUGAAGCUUAAGGCUGAACACCAGAGCAAGGAUUUUUGGAAUUUGGUGCUAGGGGUGAUGAGGGUGGGAUUGUGUAGGCCCCAAUCAACUGAUUAAGCCUAGCUGAGCCAUGUGUUUGGCUCUUGGGCUUAGCUUAUAUAAUAUAUUAGUGUGUUCAAGCUUCACUUGAGCUUUAAUCAUCUCUAGAUAUUCUUGUUUAAACUUUGCUUUGCUGCUGCUGAGCAAGCUCUAGAUAAUUUAACUAAGUUGCUUGAAAUUUUCUCAAGCCCUCAAUGAGCUGUCUGGUUUUGAUUUAAUUUUCCAGAAGUCAGUGGAAAAGAUGUUAUGAUGUGCAGUUGAUGGCAUCAUCAUGUGGAGGUCUUGUCAUAUUCGUUUGUCGUCACUUUAAGGCAGCUUUUUGGUGAGAAAAUGCUUAUGUUUAUUUGGCAGAGGAUGUGUAUUACUGCUAGAAGAGUUCUUCAGAGUUAUA